AUGGCUUCCUCCAUCCUCCUUGUCGGCCUGUGCUCCCUCGCCGUCGCCAAUCCGGUCGUCAGCAUCACGGACCAUGUCACUGCCAAUGUCACGACCGAUGUUACGAUCAACAACAGUGGAUCCGCCCACAUUCCACUGAGUACCAGCUAUGUUGGCUGCUACCGAGAGGCGACCGGAACUCGUGCUCUCAGCCGUGCCACCCUCACCCACCCGCGCUUGACUAUAGGCGUGUGCCAGGACUUCUGCAAGGGCUACCGAUACUACGGCCUUGAGUACGGAAACGAGUGUUACUGUGGAUAUCGCCUCCACGAUUCAGCGUACCAGGUCCCUGACAGCAGCUGUGCUGUUCCCUGCAUUGGCGAUCUCACUGAGACAUGCGGUGGAGGCAAUCUGCUCAGCCUUUACAAGUCGAACUUCACACUGCAGGUGCCCAAGGUCAAUUACACUCCUCAGGGCUGCUAUUCCGAACCCCAGAAUUCGAGGGCUCUCCACAGAGUCCUCAGUACAGACAAGAUGACGAGCAACAAGUGUCUCGUCCUGUGCAGCUACAACACUUACAUAAUCCUCGAGUGUGGAGAAGAUUUCCCCGCGCUUCUUUCACCCGAGGGCGAGCAGGGGUCCGGUCUGGACGGUCCAACGGCUCGGCAUGUAUUAAUAAGGCGCCACAUCCAUUCUGUCGAAGUCGCCAAGCACAGCACCCAGGAGGACUGCUGGGUGGUUGUGCACGGCAAGGCAUAUGAUGUGACCGAGUUUCUUCCGGAGCACCCGGGGGGGAUGAAGAUCAUCCUGAAAUAUGCCGGUAAAGAUGCUACAGAGGAGUUUGAGCCCAUUCACCCUCCAGAUACCCUGGACAAGUAUCUGGACAAGUCCAAGCACCUUGGUGAUGUAGACAUGAACACGGUCGCCAAGGAGGAGAAGGAGGUGACUCCCGAGGAGAAGGAGCGCCUCAAGCUCAUCGAGACAAAACCUCUUCUCGACCAGUGCUACAACCUAAUGGACUUUGAGGCAGUCGCCAGGAGGAUCAUGAAGAAGACUGCAUGGGGCUACUACUCCAGUGCAGCUGACGACGAGAUUACAAUGCGCGAGAACCACGCCGCCUUCCACCGGAUAUGGUUCAGACCCCAGAUCCUGGUGGACGUGGAGAAGGUGGACUUCUCGACGACGAUGCUGGGAACCAAGGUGGACAUGCCCUUCUACGUGACGGCGACGGCGCUGGGGAAGCUGGGCAACCCGGAGGGCGAGGUGCUGCUGACACGGGCUGCGAAGAAGCACAACGUGGUGCAGAUGAUACCGACGCUGGCGUCGUGCUCGUUCGACGAGAUCAUGGACGCGGCCGAGGGCGACCAGGUGCAGUGGAUGCAGCUGUACGUCAACAAGGACCGGGAGAUCACGCGCAAGAUCGUGCAGCACGCGGAGAGCCGGGGGUGCCGGGCGCUCUUCAUCACGGUGGACGCGCCGCAGCUGGGGCGGCGGGAGAAGGACAUGCGCAGCAAGUUCGACGACGCGGGCAGCAGCGUGCAGAGCGGGCAGCAGACGGACAACUCGCAGGGGGCGGCGCGGGCCAUCUCGUCCUUCAUCGACCCGGCGCUGUCGUGGAAGGACAUCCCCUGGUUCAAGAGCAUCACCAAGAUGCCCAUCAUCCUCAAGGGGGUGCAGCGGGUCGAGGACGUGCUGCGGGCGGUGGAGGCGGGCGUGCAGGGCGUCGUGCUGUCGAACCACGGCGGGCGGCAGCUGGACUUCUCGCGGUCCGGGGUCGAGGUGCUGGCCGAGACGAUGCCGCGGCUGCGCGAGCUGGGCCUCCAGGACCGCAUCGAGGUGUUUGUGGACGGCGGCGUGCGGCGGGCGACCGACAUCAUCAAGGCGCUGUGCCUCGGGGCGAAGGGGGUGGGCAUCGGGCGGCCCUUCCUGUACGCCAUGUCGGCCUACGGGCUCGAGGGCGUCGACCGCGCCAUGCAGCUGCUGCGCGACGAGAUGGAGAUGAACAUGCGCCUCAUCGGCUGCACCAGCGUCGACCAGCUCAACCCCUCGCUCGUCGACACGCGGAGCCUGUUCAACCACGGCAACGGCGUCCCCGCGGAUAACCUUGCCUGGUCGACGUACGACCCGCUGGCGAACCCGCCGCAGAGGCCGAAGCUGUAG